UGUGGUCAUUUACAUGAGUUGGUGUGUUGUGUUCAUGUCAAUUUAUCAGCUGACUGUAGCAGCUGACUCCAACUUUCAAAUCUAACCUAUAAAACUUGUGUUUGUGCGACAUAAAAACAAUAAACAAACUUUUAUUUAAUUUAUCAAAGUUAUUUUAUAAUUAUAUCAGUGUUAUCAGUGUUAUCAAAAAUGAGUUUUACAUCUUGUAUAAAAAUCCCAGCUACCAAGAUGGACACAUCACCAGAAAAAAAUAACACAAAUGCUCAUGAAAAUGAUAAAGCUAGUGUUGUUUAUCACCAAUUGAUUUCAAUUGCUAAUGACAUCUUUGGAGAUGGUAAUUGGAGUCAUGCAGUCACAAGUCAAACAAUAGAUUUUGUUGAGUAUGUCAUGGGAAAAUAUCACAUUGGAUGUGCUGCUUUUGUUAAAGUUCAGCUCAAUGUCACCUUUGAAAGCGUUGAAUCAUUUCAUGAAGACAUGGGUUAUAGCAAUGCUGAAAAUUCAGUAAAAGGUUUAGCAAUUAAAUCAGCACGUGAAGCUUCAAUAAAUAAUGCAUUGAAAAAAGUACUAAUUUGUUUUGGUAAAGAGUUUGAAUAUAAAAUAUCAAAAAUUUAUGAUAAUCAAAAGCCAAAAAUUCAAAACUCUGCUAUAUCAACAUUAGAAAAUGGUAGAAUUAUUGAUAAACCAUUCUCAAGAACAAAGUCAGCACCCUUGAAGACAAUUGAAAAGCCUGAAAAAAUGGAUAUUGCUGUAACAAUAGAUCCAGUCAUGAAAAAAGAUAUACCUGAUAAAAAAAUUCCAAGCACAAUUGUCACAAGCAAUAAUCAAGUUGUAUCAACAAGUAAUGAUAAUUUAACAACAGCACCAAUUUCUGAAGAAGAAUUACAACGUCUUGAAAGAAAAAGAAGACAAAAACAAAAACAAGAAGAAUACAAACGACAAAUGCUGGAAAAAACAAAUAAUGAAAAG